UCAGACGACUUUAUAAAUUCUGUUUCAUGGUAUAAACAUUCCAGAACUGGAACUGGCUCUUUUAAUUUGACCAUCAUACACUUGGAAGAAUAUGAUUUUGCAACCUACUAUUGUGCUGUAAGCUUCUUGAACAUUAUUAAAUUUGGAGAAGGAACGAUUCUUCUACAUAAAGAGAGUGACGGAAUAAGAAGCACCACUGUUCUCCAGCAGCCUGUAUCUGACAGACUUCAUCCAGGAGAUUCAGUGACUCUGCAGUGUUCGGUCAUCAGUCAGAUCUGUGCAGGAGAAUACAGCGUCUACUGGUUCAGACAUUCAUCAGGACAUUCUCAUCCAGGACUCAUUUACACCCGUGAUAACAGGAGUGAUCAGUGUAUGGAGAGAUCAGAGAACGGCUUUUCUACCCAGAGCUGUAUCUUCAGUCUCUCUCAGACUGAACUCAGACCAUCUGAUGCUGGGAUUUAUUACUGUGCUGUUGCCACAUGUGGGAAGAUACACUUUGGAAAUGGAACUAAGUUAAUUAUUGAAGCUUUGACCUUUUGGAAUCCAGUUGUUUUAACCCUGUUCACAAUCAGUAUAAUAUCCAUUAUUGUGAACAUAUUUCUGGUGAGACUGAUUCACAAGAAUCACAAAAAAGAGGCUUCAAAACAACCCAGAAAUCAAAGGAAUCAGACUGAGGAAACAGAUGCCUUAAAUUAUGUAGCCCUGAGUUUUUCCAAAAAGCCUACCAGCUCAAAAAGAUCUUCACAGAAAACCAGCCAAGAAGAAACUGUUUAUUCACAGAUUACAAAGCAAUGA